AUGUUUGAGAACCACUGCUUUAGAGUGUACGUCGAACUGGAAUGGAAGUUCACCAAAUUUCCUGAGCCUGUCACAGCACCGGUUGGAGAUGUGGUGACAUUCGAGUGCGCAGUGAACGUGCCAGGCGAGCGGCUGGCGUGGCGGUGGCGACCCGACCGGGCCGGGGAGACGUGGAUCGACGCCGAGGAGGGCAGCAGCGACCGGGACAAGAUCACUACCAGGCUGCUGGUGGACAUUAAGGACGGGGCGGAAAACGCCCUGUACCAGUGCGUAGUCUGGUACGGCGCCAUCAGCCUCGCCUCGGACCCGGCGCGGCUGACCAUCGCGCGGAUCGACCUCAGCCGGAACACCGGCGAGACCAGAGUCAUCACGGCCCCGCUGCACAACACCGUGGUGCUGCACUGCAGGGAGCCACUUUCCGAGCCCCCGGCGGAGCUGACCUGGUGGAAGGAAGUCAAGGGAGUGAGACAGCCAGUGGAAACGCCGCACGGCGUCCUCAUCAUCCACAAUGCGACGACGGCCGACAGCGGGACUUACGGCUGCACAGCGACCAACAACCUGAGCGACGAGCGCGUUGAUCUCCCGGAGCGGACGUAUCUGAGGGUGCAACACGAGGGCAAUGGAGGAUUCAGGUUCCUGGAAUCAGAAGACUAUGUCGGCGAGGUCACCGAUGGAGUCCUGACGGUGCCCGUGCGGCCCAACGGGGCGCUGCGCCUCUGGUGCGGGGCCGUGGGCACCCCGUUGCCUCAAGUCACGUGGUACAGAGGCACGGAGAAAAGGAACGGAUUCCGACAUGACCACGAUCUGGUGGUUCAUCCUUUCACUACUGAAGACGAGGGCAUAUACUCCUGCUCCGUGAACGGCAACGCCAUCCGCCGCUCCUGGCGUGUGCUGGCCCUCCAGCCGCCAUAUUGGGAGGGCGUGGCGUACGGCGUGAACGCCAGCGAAGGCACGCCAGCCCGCGUGGCGUGCGGCACGCCGCUCGGCCAGCCUCCGCCGCAGGUGCAUUGGAUGCUAAAUGCUGAACCUGUGACCGGGAAAGGCAUCAAGGCGCAAGGAUCGGAGCUGCGAUUCGCGCGCGUAGAGAAAAAGCACGCGGGCGCGUUGCAGUGCUUCGCGUGCAACGCGCUCGGCUGCGCGCACGACGCGGUGCUGCUCACCGUCGUGCCCGUACAGAUCUCACAGGAAUAUUCUGCAGACAGCGCGAAGGCUGCACAUAUUGCGUACCAGCAGCCAAAAAACAAACACAACAAUCGAAAGAACCCUAAGAAAAAAGCAAAAAUGGUGCCGCCUUCGCGUCCGACCGUGACCCGUAUGUCGGAUGAGAGCGUCACGGUGUCCUGGUCCAACUCCAGUUCCGGAAUGCCCAUACGGAUCUUUAAGGUCCAAUAUCGGGAAGUGACGAACUCGAGCAGUGGGCCGUGGCACACUGCCAACUCCGACAUACCUCCCUACAUACACUCCUUCGAAGUGGAUGGACUGGUACCGGACAGAUACUACAAAUUCCGCAUAGCAGCCGUGUACUCCAACCAGGACAAUACUCAGGGUCGGAGCAGCCCCCGUUUCUACCUGCAGAGGGGAGGGAUCGAGGGCCCGCGGGCCCCGGACCUCAUUGCCGCGGAGCCCGUGUCUUCGAGCAGUGUGAGGCUUAACUGGACGUGGUCGAGCGGCGGUGGUGUCGAAGCGGAGGGCUUCUACGUGUACUACCGCGCCGUGUCCUCCGCGGGGAAAUACGAGAAGGUGACCGUGGAGGGGGGCGCCACUCGCGUCGCGAUCCUCGGCCACCUAGCGGCAGACACGGCUUACGAGUGGAAGCUGCAGAGUUAUACUGCUCAAGCGCCGUCGGAGUUUAGCAAAAUACUUGUCGCAAAAACACUUCCGAACCCGACCACCCCGAGCUCGACCACGGAGCCGCCGCCCGAAGAGCCGAAGGGCCAGGCGCCCGCGGCGCUGGUGACGGCGGGGGGCGCCAUCGGGGCCACGGCGCUGCUCGUCAUCCUGGUGGUCACCUUACUGCUGUGUCGUAGGGCGAGACGACCACCUGCCAACAAAGAGAAAGGUUCCGGUCCGGAGAGCGGGGGUGCCAAUGGCUACAUACCGGCCAAGGUGCCCAUCACUAUCACAGCCAACCCGAUGCACGCUGAGAGCGGCGACGGAAGCGUGGAGAUGUCGUUCCUGCACAACAACAACUGCGGCAACACGGCUGGCACUGACGACACCCUGCCGCGGACGCGGAAGAACGGCUCGCGACAAUACGUGUGAUUUUGGACUUUAUUAUUAUUAUACACGCAGAGUCCUAUUUUGGAAAGCAGCAUCUAUCUACUAGGUACUUGGAAGAACGAAACUGCUGCAUUACAUGUGAUUAGAAUUGGACUUUAUUACUUUAUACGCAAGGUCGAAAUUGAAAAUUCUUAUCACUGGUCAGAGAGCAGCGAGCUUUUUACUGUUUUUGGUACACUAGCU